AAGCACGUGAAGCAUUGUAUUAGUUUAUCGUUUUACAUUGGUUGUAUAUCCAACUUCCCCACAUAUAAAACGACAAACGUAAUCUGAUUUCUUUUCCAAAAUCAAACUCUGUUAUCAGCUGCUGCUGUCCCUCUCUCUCAUCUCUCUCUCUCUCUCUCUCUAGAAGAGAGAGACUUGUACGUAUAAGAUAUGGAUACAUAUAUACAUGACCUAUAGAUACAUGGGUGUAGACACCUAAUUGCAUAAAAUAAUAUUAUUGUUGCCCCCAUAGCUGUAGUAGUGUUGUUGCUUAGAGGAGAAGGAUCGAUUCGCAGCAGUACUUGUUUCAAGGAAAUGCCGCCGGUUAAUAUUCCGCUUGUGUCGGCGGUGUUUAUGGUGGCGACGGUGGCGGCGGUGGUUGGCGGCGUGACGUUGACUCUGGAGAGGGCGAAUCACGAAGGAGUGGAGCUGAGUCGACUCAGAGAGAGUGACCGGGUUCGACACGGCAGAUUCCUGCAGCAGCAACAGCCUAUUGGUGUCGUUGAUUUCCCUGUUGAAGGCACCUACGAUCCUUAUCUUGUUGGGCUAUACUAUACAAAAGUAAAAUUGGGGACUCCUCCAAAAGAAUUUUAUGUACAGAUAGAUACCGGAAGUGAUGUGCUGUGGGUGAGUUGCAAUCCGUGUUCCGGUUGCCCAACAUCGAGCGGCCUCCAGAUUCAGCUAGAGUUUUUCGACCCUUCCAGCUCAUCAUCCAUAGCACCGGUUUCAUGUUCGGAUAAAAGGUGUGCUUUGGGAGCACAAUCAUCCGAUUCUCUUUGCUCCAAUCAGAAUCAGUGUGGAUAUAGAUUUCAGUACGGUGACGGUAGUGGCACUUCCGGGUAUUAUCUAUCCGAUUCGAUGUAUUUCGACUCGGUAGUUGGGGAUUCGUUGACAACAAAUUCUUCCGCAACUGUUGUUUUUGGAUGUAGCACGUCACAGACUGGAGACCUUACGAAGCCAGAUAGGGCGGUUGAUGGUAUAUUUGGUUUCGGGCAGCAGGGCUUAUCUGUAAUUUCACAGCUUUCUUCACAGGGAGUUGCCCCAAAUUCAUUUUCUCAUUGCCUGAGAGGAGGAAACGGGGGCGGCGGUAUAUUGGUGCUUGGACAGAUUGUGGAACCGAAUAUAGUCUACACUCCACUUGUUCCAUCCGAGCCACAUUACAAUGUAAAUCUACAAAGCAUUGCUGUAAAUGGACAGAUACUUCCCAUUGAUUCAUCGGUAUUUGCAACAUCCAACAACCGAGGAACAAUAAUUGAUUCCGGAACAACAUUGGCGUAUUUCGCAGAAGAGGCCUACGACCCAUUCAUCAAUGCAAUUAUGCAAACUGUUUCGCAAUCUGCACGCCCUCUUUUUUCCAAGGGAAACCAAUGCUAUCUAACUACAUCCAGUGUGUCCGAGAUUUUCCCUCAAGUUAGUUUAAACUUUGCUGGUGGUGCAUCAAUGAUACUGAGGCCCGAGGAUUACCUUUUGCAGCAGAACUCUGUCGGUGGUGCUGCAGUGUGGUGUAUCGGCAUUCAGAAAAUAAGGGGUCAAGGAAUUACAAUUUUAGGAGACCUUGUUUUGAAAGAUAAAAUUGUUGUAUAUGAUUUGGGUGGCCAAAGGAUUGGAUGGGCCAACUAUGACUGUACAAUGUCUGUAAAAGUUUCUACAAGUAAUACCGGUAGAACUGAAUUCGUCAACGCGGGACAACUCGACAACAAUAGUUCACCGAAACACGAGCCGUACAAGAUUAUUACACCAAGUACCGUUUUAACUUUCUUGUUGCAUAUAGCAUUCUUUGGCGUUUUUCCAUUUUUAUGAUAACUAUCGAUAUUGGACGGUUGAGAUUUCUUAUAUUUUUCCUCUCUUUUUUUAUUUAGCUAUCUGAUGUUAUUAUAGAAAUUUAGUAGGUUAUAGUUAUACAUAGCUGCGGAUUUUUGUUCUAGUGAUUGCAUCUUUGUUUGUGUUCUUAAGAAGAUCGAUUCAUCCUCAGCCACAGAUUCAGUUUUUCUCCAUGUUGUACAAAAUUAAACAUCUUACAGGAAUAGUAUAUUCAUUUUUAUACACGAAAAGAGGUGUUAUUAUUUAUGAAAUUUGGACC